GUCGUCGGAGGCAGGUGGCGAUAUUCGAUCCGAAUCGCCGAGACCUCAUUCCAGGUGGCGGACAGCCGAAAGCGUGUCAGAGACGUUCGUGCGCGCCGACUGGAAGGUCGAAAGUGGCGUCGUGCAUAAAUCCGGUGGAGCAGCCGGCGGAAUAGUCGCGAGGAUACGCGACGUAUAUCCAGCGGCCGAGGCGGUGUUAGUCGCGCGCGAUCCGUUCCGAGCGAUCGAUAGCGAGGUGACGACGAUCGCUCGGAAGCAGGUGGAAUCCGCGCUCCCUUUUCGCGUUCCUCACGUCGCUCGUCAAUCGCGACACGCGAGCGAGCGCGCACGCUGCUCGCAAAACGGAGCGAGGCGUUCGCGCUGGUGAUUUCGAUGCGCGGUGCAGAAAUCACCGGAAGACCGAGAGAACCGUGUGAGGAUACCGCGGACGGGCGCCAUCGCAACCUGCGGAUUCUCCUUUUCCGUCGGCCCAGCUGGCGUUUCCGCGAGGAAUUCGAGCGAAUCAGAACGAGUCGAGAGAGAGAGAGAGAAACAUGCCCGGCAGCCACGACGGAACCAGUCAUCGGGUCCUCCGCUCGCGGACGACGCCGGAGCGAGGAUUAUGAGGACGUCGCACGCAUCGAGAGCGAAACGCUGCGCCGAGCGAGACUAUAGCGAGCGGUGAUCGGGAGCGGAGGAAGAUCCGGUGUGGAGAAGAGCGACGACAUACGAGGCGAGGUAAUCUUUCUCUCGCGCGGCGAACACCAUGUACCGACCGAACUUCUACGAGAGCACGUGUCUGAGGUGCGCCCAGACCGUCUACCAGGUCGACAGGGUGGGCCCUUUGAAGGACUUCACGUUUUUCCAUGCGGGCUGCUUCAAAUGCGCGAUCUGCGGCACUAAGCUCACCCUGAAGACCUACUACAACAAUCAGCACACCAUCAACGACAAGGAGGUAUAUUGCAGCAGCCAUGUGCCGAAACCCGGGCCCGGAACCUUGGACGGCUCCAGCGUGGGCAUCAGGAGUGCCCUCAAUGUGCCCAGGAGCGGUUACGUAAACGAGCAAAUCAGAGCGGGCGGCGCGUCGCCACGUGGCGUCUACCCACCUUGUUACGAUAAUGUAGACUCGCCUAAUUAUGCCAGGCACCUGAACGGUCACGGUUCGCCGCCGGCGACGAACUCGUCGUCCCAGCGUGAUUUCCACGGCGGCGGCACCUCGUCGCCGUACAAUCACAAUUAUUCGGGCGACGGCAGCUAUCAGUACGGCAGGUUCGACGCGAGCGCCCUUCACAUCGCCCAUGCGCUUAAGCAAACCGAGCUCCAGAAGGGCUACAGCAAGGCCCGCGAGAAACCCAUCGAUUAUUAUCUGGAUCGCGAUGAGCAAACACGUCUCGAGAUGAAGCAUCGGAAGGAAGAAGACGAUUUAUACCGGAAGUUCGCUCACCAUCGCGAAGAAGAGGACAGACGAAUCCGCGAGGAAUUCCGGGACGAGUGGGAGAAGGAGCUGGAACAAUUGUCCGCGAGAUGGGAACGGGAAAAAGGCGGAAGAGUUCGUACCCAACAAUUUCAGCAGGAGAAGGAGGACUUGGAGAAGAACAUGACUCUACGCAGGGACAAGAAGAAGGAGAGUCUCACGCGCAAGAUGCUGGAACACGAACGGGCGGCAACCGCCGCGCUGGUGGAGAAACAGAGCUCGGAGAUGCUGGAGCUGAUCAAUGAGGCGAGGAGCGAGUACAUGCUCCAAGAGAGUUUAUACCUCGACGAGGGAGACGGUUAUGCUCAGGAAGCACCGCCUCCGCCUUAUCCAUCGCGCGCGCCACCUCCGCAGCCCCCGGCCCUCGCCAAGUAUCACAUCUACAAUGACCCGUUGGAGUUCGCCGACAUGGAUCAGAUAGCUAUUUCGGUAGCCCAGGAAGAUCAAAAAACGUUCACUGAUUUAGUGCGGCAGUUGGUGAGCAGAUGCGGGUCGGAUAUAGAAAAGGCGCGAACGAUAUUCCGUUGGAUCACCGUGAAAAAUCUCAACACUAUGCAGUUCGACGAGAACCUACGGGGGGACACUCCCAUGGGUCUGUUGCGGGGCAUCAAACACGGCACGGAGAGUUACCACGUUUUGUUCAAACGAUUGUGCAGUUACGCCGGCCUGCACUGCGUGGUCAUCAAGGGUUACAGCAAAUCGGCCGGCUAUCAGCCGGGCGUCUGCUUCGAGGACAACCGAUUCCGGAACAGCUGGAACGCCGUGUACGUGGCAGGUGCAUGGCGAUUCGUUCAGUGUAAUUGGGGGGCGCGACAUCUCGUCAAUGCCAAAGAAGUUCCCCGUCCCGGUCAGGCGAAAGCCAAGAACGACAGUCUCAGGUACGAGUACGACGAUCAUUAUUUCUUGACGGACCCCCGAGAAUUCAUAUACGAAUUUUUCCCCCUGCAAGAGGAGUGGCAGUUGCUGAAGCAACCGAUUUCGCUCAAGGACUUCGAGGAGUUGCCUUUCGUGCGAUCUUUAUUCUUCAGGUACGGUCUUUACUUUCCGGAUACGAAUACGAAUGCCGUUAUGUACACGGAUUCCACUGGCGCUGCGACCGUGAGGAUAGCGAUGCCGGCGCAUAUGCAAUCAUCCCUUAUCUUUCAUUAUAAUCUCAAGUUUUACGACAACGACGGCGAUGGUUACGACGGCGUGUCGCUCAAGCGUUUUGUCAUGCAGUCGGUCGUGGGCAACAUAGUCGCGUUUCGAGUUCAUGCGCCGUGCUCGGGCGCCUUCCUCCUGGACAUAUUUGCCAACGCUGUGACGCCGAAGGAGUACUUGACCGGCGAGCCGAUGAAGUUCAAGAGCGUGUGCAAAUUCAAAAUCGCAUGCGAGGAAUUGCAGACGGUGAUGGUGCCGUUGCCGGACUGCGCCAGCGGCGAAUGGGGCCCCACCAAAGCAACCAGAUUAUUUGGACUUAUACCCAUCACUCAUCAGGAGGCACUGGUGUUCGCCGGGCGCGAGUUGGAGAUUCAAUUUCGCAUGUCGAGGCCGUUGACGGACUUCAUGGCGACCCUGCACAAGAACGGCAUCGAGGAGAAGCGUCUGUCCAAGUACGUGACGCAUUCCAUCGCCGACGAUGACGUGGUCACCUUCUCCAUAAGCUUCCCCGAGGAGGGUCAGUACGGCUUGGACGUCUACACCAGGGAGUCCACGACCUCGGCGGCCGUGCAGCAUGACGUCACCGGCGAGAAGCAUCUACUUACGCACUGCUGCAAAUAUCUCAUCAACUCCAGCAAGAGGAAUUGAGUUUCUCGAGACUCCUCUCGAGCAUCUUCACUUCCGUCUUAUCCGUCGGGAAUUUCUGUCGGCCGACCAUACGGCGAUCGUUACAUGGCGCUCAUUAGGGGAUGAAGUCGAGGAAUCGCGUUUCUCUUGAGAUCGGCGCCUUCCACGUCGGGACGUUGAAAUAUUUGUAGGGGGGACCUUAUCGGGACGAAUUUCGAAAGUUUUACGCCGAUGAUUUCGAGAGAUCGUCGUCGUCGUCGCUGUCCCCCCCUGGGAAAGCGGGGGAUCGGUCAUUACUCGCCGACGACGCUGUCGACGCCGCGUCGUAAAUAGAAAUAUCACGGAAGGAAGGCAGGCAGGAAGGAAGGGGGAAAGGAGAUCGGCCGAAUGUAGCGACGAAGGCAAUGGCGAGAGAGCCGCUUUGCGUCAUUACUUAAGGACUACUUUUAGGUCGCGCGGAUUAGACCAGCGCGGCACGCAAUUUCGAGCUGACACGCUACCUCGAGUCUAACAAUAGGCUUACGACCUGGAGAUAACCGCUAAUGUAAAACUAACUGCGCGUUUCCCGUCACAGGAGACACCUCGCUCUUCCUCUCUCGAAGGGCCCGUCGCGACAUCGUACUCGAUCGCGAGGCUCGACGUCAUUUUUGCAGGAAUAUCAAUCCGGUGUUUCCUCUGAGAUAUUUUGAGGAACGUAUUAUUCAGCAAAUAUUCUCAUGUACGAUUCUCCCCCGCGGUCACGCUUCCCUUACGUAUUCGACUAAAUUAUUAUGCGAUCCGCGAGAUCACGUCGUAACGAUUUCACCAUGAAGCUUUACUUUCGUCGAGAGAGACGUUUAUAUUUAUCGUUCAUAAUAAUACUGGUAGAAUAGAGCUACGUAAUACUAUGUAGAAACAUCACAUCUAUUAUUGUACGUUCUCGCGGUAAGUUCGUAUUAGGUCAUACAUGCACCUUCAUCGCAUGUGCGCGAAUCGAGAAUACAUAUAAUAUAAAAAAGAAGUAUAUAAUAUAUAUGCAUAUUUUUAUGUAUAAGAGAUGUGCUUCUGUACAUAAUGUAUGUAUACGAUCAUUACGACCUGAAAAUAUCGUUAUCGACAGAAUGAGCAUCGGCUGUAACUUAUACUCGCGCGGACAAUCGACCGAUUUGCUCGUCUCUUCCAUCCGUUCGCGCCGAGUGCACUUUACAUAUUUAUAUUUUAUCUUUUACUUUGCGGUUGGAAUCGCGUGCUCGAACUAGAGAAUUGCAAGUCUGUGAAUCUGCGAGUCGCAAA